AUGAAAUCUCAUUUAACUCAUGCAUAUUGAAAUAAAACACACAAAGACAAAAAAAAAAGAAACAUACGCUCAAACUUGAUUCCGUUUCUUCUUCUUACUCACUUUGCCUUUAUUUCUCUUCUCACGCACAAAGUACACCACGCAUAUAUAUACAUGGAUCAAGGAGGUCGGAGCGGUGGUGGAGGAGGAGCCGAGCAAGGGAAGUUUCGGGGAGUAAGGAGACGGCCUUGGGGAAAAUAUGCAGCGGAAAUAAGAGAUUCUAGAAAGCACGGCGAGCGUGUGUGGCUAGGGACGUUUGACACCGCGGAAGACGCGGCUCGAGCCUAUGACCGAGCCGCCUAUUCAAUGAGAGGCAAAGCCGCAAUUCUCAACUUCCCUCAUGAGUACAAUAUGGGAAGCGGAUCUUCAUCUAACUCUGCAGCCACUGCGGCAAACACUUCCUCGUCGAGGCAAGUUUUUGAGUUUGAGUACUUGGACGACAGUGUUUUGGAGGAACUACUUGAAUAUGGAGAGAACUACAACAAGAAUAAUAACAUUAACAUGGGUAAGAGGCAUUAAUAAAGGGAAUGCAAUCGUAAUACGUUGGAAGUUACGUGACAGACAUUCCCAUCUAUAACGAAAACAAUCAAUCCCAAUCGUAAGAAGCUAGCUUUAUUAUCAAAAAAAAAUAUUUAUUGGCAAAUAAACUGUAAUGUCAAUCGAUUUCUAUAACGAAUAAGAUUCUUUAAGCGGGUCAUUUUAAUGUCUAGAACUUUAAAAUUCAAGCGGCUGUGUCCUUCUGUAAUUAGUUUUGAGAAUGUAAUAAUCACCAUUUGAAUAAAAUGAUUAUAUGUAACAUUAUGUUUUAUAUUGUGUAAGCUAUAUGUUUUGAUAUCACUGUAAUUUCAUGUGAUUC